GUACCGCCCUCUUCUGUGGUCCUUAGUAAUCACAAUAACGGCAGCACUAUCGAGAUUCAUGAAAAAGAGUUUCUUAGUCUUACCUGCACAGUGACCGGCGGCAAGCCAGCAGCCGAAAUCAAAUGGUUCCGCAAAAACGUGGAACUCAGGCCAGAUAAUGUUCAGACAAACACGGAAGAGGGUGAAGACCAGAGGUUCAAAACUAUCAGUACAAUCACCCUAACUCCUAGUGCACACGACAACGACGCCAUCUACACAUGUGAAACUAUUCACCCUGCACUGGUCCGACCGCUGAGAAGCUCAGUGGUACUGAGUGUCCUCUAUCCUCCAGGUCCCCCAACCAUUGUUGGGUUUCAAGAAGACGAAACCGUUCGUUCAGGUGAUACCAUAACAUUGUCAUGCAUAUCCCAAGGCGGCAACCCUUUAGCCCAGCUUGUUUGGUUUAAGAACAACCAACAGAUUGAUUUUUCUUACACGACAAGCGGCCAAAAAUCAACAAACAAACAUACGUUUGUCGUAGACAGUUCUGACAACAACGCCAUCUAUCGGUGUGAGGCUUCAAAUAUAAUAAGUCCACAACCUAUGAAUGCUGUAGUGAAACUGUCAGUGCUAUUUGCUCCUGCUGAGGUUAAAGUUACGGGACCAAAAGAAGCUAAGCCAGGAGAUACAGUGACGAUGACCUGCAGAGCAAAUCGUAGUAACCCAGCUGCUGAAAUCAACUGGCUAGUGGAUGGACAGCGUGUGCAAGGAGCAAAUACGGUCACAGCUGACCCCGACGGGGGAUGGACAACGAUGUCUAAUAUUAGUGCCAUCAUAAGAUCACAAGACCAAGGAUCAAAGAUUUUCCAGUGCUUCACUGUAAACAAAGACCUAGGAGAGACCAUGGUGGAAUCCCAUGUUCUGAGUAUUUUGUAUCCCCCUGCUCCUCCGACAAUCCUUGGCUACACUGAGAAUAAAUCGAUUCGAGCUGGCGAACUUCAGCGGUUAACGUGUAUUUCGAACGGCGGGAACCCUCUGCCUACUUUGAAGUGGUUUAAACAAGAUACCGAGAUAAAAUCAGUCAUCACGUCGAACGGCAACGUCGUAAGUAGUGAAUUUCUCAUAGAAACCGAAGAAAGAGAUAACGGUUUGGAAUAUCGCUGUGAAGCUAGUAACUCGGCUACAGACAAACCUCUCGUCGCUAAAAUUCAAUUGUCUGUUCACUUUCCACCUACUGAAGUAACAAUAAAAGCGAUUCCUCCGAAACCAAAAGCUGGAAGAAAGGUGAAGCUUAUUUGUGAAUCGGAUUCUAGUAAUCCAGCUUCGAUCAUCACUUGGUGGCGUGAUGGAUUUCUCAUUCAAGGGAUACCAGAUGGCGUUCUGGAUGCAACUCAUGGUGGCCAGUCGACAAGAAACCAAUUACAACUAAACGUAACAUCUGAAGAUAAUGGAGCUCGGUACACCUGUCAAGCGACGAAUGAAGUGUUGCAAAAAAGCGUGCAUAAUGCCAUUACACUAAACGUAAUGUACAAGCCAGAGUUUUAUUCGACCCAAAUUGAAACAUUUGAUAUUGUCGAAGAAGAAUCUACUUUCAUCAACCUAACAGCCAGAGGAAAUCCUAACGUUAUUACAUACACAUGGACCAAAGAUGGAAAUACAGUAGUUGAUAUUCAAGAAAAAAAAGAACCAAACGACGUCAAAGAGACUGGGAUUAUUUCGAACGGUCCAAUCCUAAAUAUCAUCAACGUAAGAAGAACUGACGCUGGAAGAUUCAAGUGUGAAGCUACCAAUGAAGAAGGAACCUCAGAGACCACUAUCGUCUUAAAUAUACAAUACCGAGCGUCCAUAACCAAGGUUACUGAGGUCACUGUAGUCGACCAAAAUGCGAAUGCUUAUCUAGAAUGUGUAGCUGAUGCCAACCCGUUAACAGACAAUAUCAUCACUUGGCGAAGAGACGAUUUUAACAUGAGUCGCACUAAGGAAUCUCUAGAAGGUGGCCGGUCGUUCUUAACGAUCUACAACGUGUCUCCAGAGGACUCGGGUGUUUUUGAAUGUGUGGCUUAUAAUAACGUUGGAGAAGAAGACGUAAAAGCAUCCAGCUUGGUGGUGAAACAAAAACCUACUAUUGCCCGAUCGCCACCACUACUGAAAUCAGCCAGUGAAAAUGGUGAAACAGCCAAGAUUAUCUGCCAGGCCGAAGGAGCGCCAAACAUCACUUUUACUUGGUCACAUGAGGGCACUACUGUUAGUAAUGAUGUAAAGCCCGAGAAAUAUGAUACAGAAACGUCAAUGCUUGGCUUAACUACGUGGGAAGGUGUUAUUUAUGUUAAAGAUGUGAUAAGUCUUGACUACGGAUUAUAUGAAUGUGUUGCUAAAAACGAACUAGGGUUUGAUAGCGUAAAGAUUAACCUGGACACAAUAGGUCACCCAGAUUCGCCUGCUGCUGUUAAAAUCUUGAACGUUACCCAUAACUCAGCAACGCUGAGUUGGAUUCCUGGUUUUGAUGGAGGGCGUUCCCAAGCUUACAGAAUUCGGUACAAAGAAACUGAUUAUCCGGAGUACCAAUACGCAGAUGUGUACCCACGUAAUGCUACGGUGUUCACUGUUUCAGGGUUAGCUAUAGGUGUAGAAUAUAUAUUUAGCUUACAAGCGUACAACGAUCUGGGUUUCAGCGAGUAUACAACUGAAAUACUGAAAGCUAGAACCUCAAGUGAAGCUCCUGACACGGAAACAGAGCAAGUAAUGACUGAAGUAUUAUCAGAGAAGGGAGAACUUCCUAGGAUAAUUAUAAUCUCUGUGUCUGUCGUAGGAACCUUCUUGCUCGUACUUAACAUCAUUCUUGUUAUAUGCUUCGUUCGACGAAGAAGAAAAAAAAGACUUGAAGAAGAAAGCGAUCAGACCAGCAGCAAGGCAGCGACUAUUGAGAUGUACGCUCCUAGCAGCUACAAUGAUACUGUGAACGGAGAAACUGCGAGUUCCACGUCUGACAAGAGUGAAGCUUACUCCGAUGGACCGAGCACCGGAGAAUAUUCAGAAGAACCUGCUAAGCCUGUGCUUGCCACUUACCUAAUUGACCAAGACAGAGAUUUCUACAUUCCUGACGGAACAAGCCCCCACUAUUCUCCAUACAACCGAUACCAUCUUGAAGGACACACUACUUUGGACAUACAGCCAGAAUUGUCUCACAGACUUCCAUAUGAAUCUGAGGAAGAGUUUUAUGUCGAUGCAUUGAGAAGAAAUGCCUAUAACCAAACUCUAGGUGAAAAGGUUAGUUACGGGAAGAUCGGCCACAGCACUCCUCCACCUCCUCCCAGUAGAACAGCAGCUAGUAACGGAGAAUUAUAUAACGCCGCUCCUGACGUUCGCUAUGUUCCUUUCCCUGUUUCCAGAACAGGCAAUAACACGACAAAUCUGAGUACCUUUAACCCGAACGUUCUAGAACCUAACUCCAACAGUUAUCUAAACCAGAUUCCUGAUGGAAUAAUAGUUGAAGAAGAGAUGCCAGGACACUUAGUGUGAUGUGAUGAGAUUCUACUUGGAAAAGGAAUGGACAACAACUUGAUGUUCAGUUAGUAAUAUUUGACAUUGGCACAAGAUGAUAUGUGGAGAUAACCAGCCAUUAUUUUUCAAGUCAAGUGGUUUCGAACCUUUCAAAGCUCAGCAUUUAAGGCAUAAAGCCAAAUAUUCACGACCUUUCGUAAUCUUUAUAGAAAAUAAUGUUGACAUUGAAUUAAGUUAUAAAACUAUAUAUAUACAAAAAUCAUGAAGCUGUCAUCAUUUGUGAAGAGUACAAUGUUUGAAUUUCACCAUUACGAAAAUCUUGUACUCAGUUCAUUUGGGCCUGAUAACAUGUGUUUAUGGUGCUGUUCAACUUGGUCUAUGUGCGUGUGUUGAAUCGUAUAGCCUGUAAUAUAAUGUAAUGUGUGUAGUAAACCGUAAUCGACUGGAUUGUCAGAAGUGUAUUGUACAUUGUAGUGUACUUUUAAAUUAAUAUAAGACAGGCCUAUGUGUAACUGCUUUAGCAACAUCAAUGAAACGAAAAAAGAAAUCAUCUCUCGGACAAAUGUGCUAUUGGUAUGAUGAAUGUGCCUUAUUCAGGAGCACGAAUAUAAUAUGUCCGCAGACAUAUUAAGACAUAAAGACAUAAAGGAGCUCCAGUUAUAUCAAAGCACCAAAUUUUAUUGCCUCUUUUUUAUGUAAUAUUUAAUGCUUUUUUUCUAUAAAUACUUUAAAGGAUGUAACGUCCGCUUCUCACAUUGUUUGACAAAUCUGGUUAUAUCAUAAAACUGGUUUUCAUUUUACGGUGAGACUUUAAGUUAAAAAGAAAAAAAGAAGUACACUUGGUUUUGUAUUUUAACGGGACCAACAACUUUGUGCUUGAACAGGGUUACAUAUGUUUUUCAUCUAAAUAAUAAAUAAUAGGAAGUAGGCCUGUUAGUUUUAAUGUUAACUUUUAGCGAUAUUGAGUAACAGUUAAUGUACAGUAUUACUUAAACUUUGGUGAAGAUCUAAUUAUAUGAAUAUACAUAAUAAUGAAUAUAUAUAUAUAUAUAACCGUACAAAGGUGGUAUGUAAAACUGUUUAAUGAUGUUACUUAAGAUAUGUAUAUCUAGUCAAUCCGUUCACCAAAGUCUGCUUCUUGCUCUAUAGAUGAACAUUAUUCGUAUUUCGUUUUCAUGAUAAAAUGAUAUUUUAAACUAAAAUGUAUAUACGAUUGUUGAAAUUAAACUUCAUUUUAACAAAGGUCCGAAAGUCGACGACCACCUUCUAACGUAGCCAAAAUAAUAAUUAUUAGCACUUAAGAUUUCAUUUAAUAAAUUAAUCAUCGCGCCUUAUUUGUGUCAUGUAGAUUAUCAUUGUUGUAUAUUAAUACUCGGCUGUCUUCUUCUUCUCA